AUGGAAUCCAGGAUGCAGGACAGCCACAAGUCGUUCCUGAUCAAGGAUCUUCUUGGAGACGUGCUGAGACCAAUCGCAGCUGUGCCGGGUAUGUCAGUCUUAAAUAUUAUUAAUGAAAAUAAAGAUUCUGGUAGAUGCCAUUCGGAAAGCAGCCACAACUUGGAAGCGUCUGACGUUGAGGACGAUAUAUCAGUUGGCGAUAACAGAAGUGAAGCAUCAACCCCGAGAAAAGCCCAAUACAGUUGUGACUCAAACCAAGAUUACCCAAAAAAGGAUACGGAAGACGAAAGAUCAUCUCCUACUGAAUAUAAUCGAAGGUCUAGUUCGAAUUACAAUUCUCCGUUUAAAGAGGACGAAAACGAAUUUGAAAAUAGAACAGAAGACCGCGUCAAAUUAUACGAUAGUGGUCUCUUUCAUUUGUAUCGCGCUGAUAGAGAUAGUCAUAAAGAAGAUGGCCACGAGGGAGGUUCAGGUUUUGGGAAUAUGCCUGGAUCUUUUUCGGAAAGUAUUUAUGGUCGAUCUAUGGAUCUGUCGAAGGGUUCGUUUCAAUCCCAACUUUUGGCCGGAUUCGCCGCGUCGGUGAUAGCUGGAAGUUCACAAAGGGAGACACAAGAUAAUUCAGAACGAUCAUCAUCAAGGCCGACAGCUCCGUCGAACAGCGGUCGCAAGCCGCGCCGGCGCCGCACCGCCUUCACGCAUGCGCAGCUCGCGUACUUGGAGCGCAAGUUUCGUUGUCAAAAGUAUUUGAGCGUGGCUGACAGAGGCGACGUGGCCGAUGCUCUGAGUCUUAGUGAAACCCAGGUCAAGACGUGGUACCAAAAUCGAAGGACGAAAUGGAAGCGACAGAACCAACUGCGUCUAGAGCAGCUGCGCGCGCAGGCCGCUAGUGGAGAUCGCGAGCUGCCUCACACUCUGCCGCUUGCGUGCGCGCUGCUGCCGCCCUACCCAGCUUAUAUGCAUUGUCAUCUGUAG